AUGCUAGAUCUCCUACCUGCUAACGCUCUUCCCCGCCGCAACUCGUCCUUCGGAACUUUGUUUUUCACCGGAGUGAUGGCUGAAUCGCUUCACAAAGCAAUAAGAUCUAUGUCGAUUGAAGAGGAGGCACCUCUCACGUUGCCAGACGAACCAAGAUUUAAGGUGGUUGCAGAGAAUGAACUCAGUAUUUUAGGUCGUUUGCUGAACCCAGAUUAUCAGUCUAUGGCAAGAAUGAUUGACUACAUGCCGAUUGCUUGGAGAGUUUAUGACCGUGUUCGUGGUAUUGCCUUAUCAAGAGACAGAUUCCAGUUUGUGUUCCAGAGAGAGAAAGAUCUGGUGAGGGUCCUCAAAGACAGACCGUGGUCGUAUAACCACUGGGCAAUGACGUUGGAACGUUGGACGUCGUCUCCUCCGGAGAAGUUCUUGCAAACUAUGGAGCUCUGGAUCAGGAUCCGACACAUCCCUCUGGUAUAUUUCACAGUGGAUACAAUGUUCACUUUGGCCUCUGAAGUUGGUUUCCCUGAACGUAUCACUCCAGAGAUGAAUGAAGCUUUGUGUAAGGAGAUAACAACUGAGGAGAUACGCAGAGCCGCUUUCUCAAUUCGUGGUAAUAGUGCUCCAGGCGAAGACGGUUUCUCUGGUAUUUUCUAUCAACAGUACUGGCACGUAGUCGGUACUCAGCUGGUCGAAGAGAUUCAAGGUUUCUUUCAGAGCUCGAUCAUCCCUCCAGGCUGGAACCACACGCAGUUGAGCCUACUCCCUAAGAUCACAAAUCCAACACGGAUGGGUGAUAUGAGACCAAUCAGUUUGUGCUCUGUGCAGUACAAGAUCAUUUCGAAGAUACUCUGUGAUUGUUUGAAAUGCAUUCUCCCUGACAUUAUCUCUGACACUCAAGGAGCCUUCGUUCAAGGUCGCCUCAUCUCGGAUAACAUUGUGAUUGCUCAUGAGUUAGUACAUGGACUGAGGACUAACGCGGCGAUCUCCAAAGAUUUCAUGGCCAUCAAGACUGACAUGUCCAAGGCCUAUGAUAGAGUAGAGUGGUGUUUCUUAGAAGAGUUGUUAGAGAAUAUGGGGUUUGCUCGGAGUUGGAUUCGAUGGGUUAUGGCGUGUAUCACAACUGUCUCCUACUCCAUUUUGCUCAACGGUAAAGCCCAUGGUUUUAUUAAACCGGAGCGUGGGAUAAGACAAGGUGAUCCUUUGUCUCCCUUUCUCUGUAUACUUUGUGCUGAAGCUUUAGUGAGCAGACUCAAUCAUUCUGAAGCAAGUGGUCGCCUCACUGGCAUUGGAUUGUCUUCCUAUGGACCAAGGGUUCAUCAUCUGCUCUUUGCAGACGAUAGUUUACUUAUGUGUAAAGCGGACGAACUGGAAAGCAAAGAAGUUGUUGAAUGUCUCAAGGCUUAUGGAGAGGCGUCGGGCCAGAGGAUCAAUUUCCAAAAAUCUUCUAUCAUCUUUGGAGCUCAGGUUCCCAACACGGUGAAAGAGCGAGUCAAGCAUAUAUUGAGCAUCACAACAGAAGGUGGAGAAGGGACUUACUUGGGCCUUCCAGAGUGUUUCAAAGGGUCUAAAAGAGACCUUCUGAGCUUUAUAAGAGAGAAACUGCAAGCUCGGCUUCAUGGAUGGUUUGCAAAAUCACUAUCUCUCGGCGGGAGAGAGGUGCUACUCAAAUCCAUAGCCAUGUCGCUUCCUGUAUACGCAAUGUCCAUCUUUAAACUCCCUAAAGAUGUGUGUACAAGAAUUACUAGCGCCAUGACAGAAUUCUGGUGGGGUGGAGGUAAUGGUAAAAGGAAAAUUCCUUGGGUGGCGUGGAAGAAACUGUGUAGGCAAAAGAGAGAAGGUGGCUUGGGUUUUCAUGACAUCACCAAAUUUAAUCAAUCUCUUUUGGCAAAGCAAGCAUGGAGGAUCAUGAAUAACCCCAACUCUCUGGUGGCUCGUGUCCUCAAAAGUAGAUACUUUGCAAACAAUGAUUUCUUGCAAAGCAGUUUAGGCUCGAGGCCGUCAUACGCAUGGGGAAGCAUUUUACAUGGUAGAGAGCUGCUGAGCAAAGGUUUGAUUAGAGACAUUGGUUAUGGAAGGAGUUCUAAUGUGUGGCACGAGAAUUGGAUUAUUGACCCGAUACCAAGGACUCCUAACUACAGACAGGACAGUGUCAUUGAUCUGACGCUGACAAUCUCAGACCUGCUGCUCCCUAACUCAUCUGCCUGGGAUGCAGCUCUUGUCAGAAGAACGUUUACUAAUCAUGAUACUGAGAUCAUCCUUCGCCUGAAGCCGAACAGGAUGCAGGAAGAUGGGUAUAAGUGGGGUUUCACAAAAGAUGGAAUCUACACAUCACGGAGUGGCUACAGAUUUGUCGACUCUUUUCCUAAGGAAGAUGGUAGCACUUCAACUUCUCUUCCUCCCCUGGAGAAAUACCUUUGGAAAUCUCUGUGGAAGAUCCGUGCUCCUCCAAAAAUCAAGCAUUUCCUUUGGAAAGCUCUCUCUGGGGCUCUAGCGGUCAUGGAACGACUUCGUAGUAGAGGUAUUCAAGUAGACUCUGCUUGCAAAGUAUGUAAUGGUGGUAUUGAAUUGAUCUGUCAUCUACUUUUUUCUUGCCCUAUGGCGAAGGACUCUUGGGAAAGGUCCUCGAUCAAACUCCCGGUGGCAGGUUUCUCUCAGAACUCUGUUUUCCUCAAUAUGUAUCAUCUCCUGGAAAUGAGCAGGAAGUCUCCAAAAGAUAGCGAUACGAUUUCUUUCCCUUUGAUACUCUGGCAUCUAUGGAAGGCGAGAAAUAGUCUGGCCUUUGAGAAAAUACACUACUCCUCUGUUUCAGUCCUGAGUAAAGCUAGAGCAGAAGCGGCGGUUUGGUUUGAACUUAAUACGGCUCAGACUGAGUAG